GCUGAUCCCAGUCGUCCGUUCAAAUACAUGGCCGAAUUAGAGCGCGGGAACACCAAAUAUAUAUGCUGCUGCUUCGGAGAGCGUCAUAGGCAAAAAGCAAAGCAAGCCACAACAACAGCCCAAGAAAACAAAGUAGAAAGCGGAAGAGAGAAAUGGCUCCCAGGAAGCGAAAGGACAUGGACGGGGACGAGGAGCAAGCGAAGCGUCAAGGCCAAGAGACGUUUAAGAGGGUGACUCGGAGCAUGACAAGGCAGCCGGAUGGUAAUUCUUCCGAGUUGACUCAGCCCAACAAGGAGAAACCAAAAGCCAGGUCGAAGGCGAAAGCGAGUGCCAAGGAGAAUAAAGAAUCUGAGGAGAAAGUCAAGGAGGCUGAGGCUGUGGCUGUGGAGGAGCAGGAGGAGGAUGGAGCCAAAGCAGAAGCUGUACCUGAGGAUUUGACCGUCGCUAACGAUGGGUCCCACAACAAGGCUGUAGUAGUCGAACACUGCAAUCAAUGCAAUUCAUUCAAGACAAGGGCCUUUCAAGUAAGAGAUGGUUUGAAGAAAGGUGUCCCUGGCAUCAAAGUGUUGCUCAACCCUAAAAAGGUUAACAUUGAACCAAGAAGAGGUUGCUUUGAAAUACGAGAGGAAGAUGGCGAGAAGUUCAUAAGUUUGCUGGACAUGAAGCGACCAUUUAAACCAAUGAAGGACCUUGACAUGGAGAAGGUGAUCUCGGAUAUCAUUGACAAAAUUAAAUGAAGAGACCAUGUGUGUAUAGAACUGGAAGUAGUAUGUUCUGAUUGUUACGGUGACAGCAUUUUGUGGUUUUACCCGAUUAACUUGCCUUACAAAAGUAAGGCUUGGUAAAGAAAUUUUCAUUUUGUGUAUUAACUUCUGUUCUUGAUCAUUCAUGCUGUCAAAAAAUGAUUUAGAUUACAUUAGUUAUAUUGGCAGGUUGUAGAACAAAGGAGAAGUAGGCCACUGAAAUGACUCACUUGACCUUUGCUUUUGUUAAUGUUUUGAAGAAUUUCGAGUUACUGCUUCCGAAGCAUCCUUCACAGUUCUGUUUUCUUGUUUAUCGUUGUGCAAUUGCAUGAACGUUUUCCUUCAAAUAAAACCUCUUGAUUUCACAUCUUCUUGUUUAAGGUGUCAAAAUAUAUUUGAAUGAUUAAUAGUUUAAU